AGAUGAAGAAGCUGUGGUAAAAUUGUGUAAGCCAAUCGCGAGCCGCGCAUGUGCGCGCGUGUGCGCUUCUGAAAGCGGAUGCAGCAGUCAGUCUGACAUUAUCCUCAUUUUCCUGAUCAGGAUGUUGUGUUUAUCAGCUGUGUGUAUCUGCGCUGCUCUUCUCAUCACUCAGGUGUUUGGAAAAUAUGGCGUGGCUCAUUUCAGUGAGUUGGAAGGAAGCAGAUGGAAGGAAUACUGCAUCCACUACAACCCUCAGUGGACCUCCUUACCUCCACACCUCCAGACCACAUCUGCAGUGAAGGUGUAUGAUCUGACCUCGUCUUUGCUCUGCUCCGACUCGGACGUCCCCGAUGGGGGAUUUCCCGACGCCGUUGCCAUGGUGAUGCGAGGGAACUGUACGUUUUAUGAAAAAGUGCGCUUGGCUCAGAUCAACGGAGCAAAAGGUCUCCUGAUCAUCAGCAAAGAAUGGCUGUUUCCUCCAAAUCGAAAUCAGUCACAGCUCGAGGAGAUCGACAUUCCACUGGCUUUAAUCAGCUACACUGACUUGCUGGACAUUCACACGCGUUUUAAGGACAGGAAGCAGGUGGUGCUGUACUCUCCUGAUGAGCCAGUGUUGGACUUCGCCGUGGUGCUGAUGUUCCUCAUGGCUGUGGGGACGGUAGCAGGAGGAGGAUAUUGGGCUGGUGUUCGCGAAAUCAAAAAACGGUCAGAGGAGCAGGAGGAGGAGAGUAGAGAGAGGGAGGAGAAGGAGACGAUUAACCUGACUCCAACCACCAUAAUGGUGUGGGUGGGGAUGUGCUGCCUCCUGCUGCUGCUCCUCUACAAGUUCUACGAUUAUCUGGUGCACAUCUCCAUUGGGAUUUUUUGUGUCACUGCAUCUGUGGGUCUGUACAACUGUCUCUGGAUCAUUGUCCGCAGAAUUCCUGUAGCAACCUGCAGGAUUACUGAGAACAAGCUGCCCUACUUAAAGAAGUGUCCAGAGGUGCGAAUGCUGCUGCUGGGUGUGUUGUGUGUGGGUGUGAGCGCCAUCUGGGUUGUGUUUCGCAAGGAUGACCGGUGGGCAUGGGCACUGCAAGACACACUGGGGAUGGCCUGCUGUCUUUACAUCCUGAAAACAUACAAACUACCCAGCUUCAGAGCGUGCGCUUUACUGCUCGUGUCUCUGUUAGUGUACGACGUCUUCUUUGUUUUUAUAUCACCUUAUUUUACUAAGAGCGGGGAGAGCAUCAUGGUUGAAGUUGGAGUAGGUCCCUCUGAUUCAUCCACACAGGAGAAGCUCCCAAUGGUUUUGAAAGUUCCGUACCUGAACCUCGGUAAGGCGUCUCUCUGCAGUCACCCGUUCAUGCUGUUGGGUCUUGGAGACAUUUUGAUCCCAGGUUUCCUCAUAGCGUACUGCCACAGGUUUGAUGUUCUCAUAAGCUCAUCACGGGUUUACUUCCUGGUGUCUAUAUUCGGCUACACCAUGGGUCUGGUCCUCAGUUUUGUGUGUGUGUGGCUGCUGCAGUCGGCUCAACCAGCUCUGCUCUACCUGGUGCCCUGCUGUCUGUUCUGCAGCCUGAUGGUGGCGCUGUGCCGCUCAGAAUUUAAGCUCUACUGGAAUGGAAGUGUGUCUCUGCCUUCUCCCAUCGCCAUGACGCCUGUCACUCAAACCCUAAACCCGGCCAUGUCAGAGUCCUCGGCCAAUCAGGAGGCAGAGGCCUGUGAGGCUGAAGCUCCGCCUCCACUUCGAGAGGAGGGACGUCCUGAGAGGACAGAAGAACUGGAGCUGAAGAUCGCUAAAGACUGAACGACCAUUUAAAUGUUCUUAAAUAAUUUUUUUCUGAAUUUAUUUAUACAAGGGUUAUUUUUGUGUGUGCAUUUUUAACGCUGAUCUCAAUAAACAAACAGUGGACUGAAAAUAA